GAAUGCUGGUGCAGUAAAAGGUCAUUUGAGUAGUCGCACAAUGAUUCAGAGCACAGCAGCAGCACACAGUGGUUCGUCGUCGCGAGAUUUUAGUGGUGCCGGGGGCGGGGGCGGUGGAGCUCGAUCUCGAACCCUCUCACCGAGUUCACCACCCGCACCACCACCACCGGCAGUUGUGGUGUUGUCAGACAGCCGCAGCCGCAGCAGUAGCACCAGCCCUCGACCACGUACUCGAAGCAGUGAUAGCUAUUCGACAGCA